ACUUCUUGUCCUUCAAGCUCUCCCACCAUGUUUCAUUUGUCUGCAAGUUUCGACAUUCCUACCUCGCAGCCUUCCAAGUUUCAACUCGGUCGGUCGGAUUGGCAAGGUCCCACGGCGCCCUCUAUGUUGUUAGCAACACGACAGCUCAAGCAACUCGGUAUUUUAGUAGAAGAUUGUCGUUGUCCCUACAAGAACCUUUUGCACUCCAGCUUUCAAUGCCUUCCGUGUCACAGGAGUGCCUCAAUGCCCUCGCCUCCCGGGUCAAAUCUUCACUCAAGCUCUCGCGCACGCUCAAAGUUCAACAGGCUGCUGCGCAGAGUACCAUCUCCAUGCUCAAGUCGAAGGUUUCCUCGCUCGGGUCACUCGCCCAGGCAUCCCAGACCGUGUCACCGCCGAGAUCCUGUGCAUGCCCGACGCCACUCUUGCCCUCUCGACCCGCUCGAGCGUCGAACCUAACCCUCGAUCCCGCCUGCGCACGCUCGGUUCUCUUCAGUACACGCAUCCAUUUGCCUGCGACCCAAAGUUAUAUGCUACCUUCGAACCCCUAGGCCGUUGACGUUGACGUCCACGCUCCCGCGUUCGAGCCCAUAUGCCCCAAGCUCGCACGUCACCUGGACUCUCUCGACCGUUCGCGUUGUCAAUCCCACGCACGGUCAUCCCCUCAAUCCCACGCAGCAUCAACACUUCGUCGUCCCCUCGUCCACCCUUCCUCGUCUUGCGUCACUGCUGCGACCCCGCCGCCCUACACAGUCCCUCUACCGUCGCCGUCCCUUCAG